AUUGUUCACAUGAAUCCAGACCCUUCUAUUCACAGAUCUCUGUAUAAAUUCACCUCCUCACCACACACCCGCCGUCGCACGCCUAAAUCAACACACACUCUCACUCCCACAUCUCUCUCUACAAUUUAGUUAACCAUGGCGAGAUUGGGCGAAGGGGACAAGCGCUGGAUCGUCGAAGACCGCACCGACGGCACCAACGUUCACAAUUGGCACUGGGCUGAAACCAAUUGCCUCGACUGGUCUAGGAAAUUCCUCGAGCACCUUCUGUGCGGCAAGCCCAUCCUCUCCGGCGAGGGCAAUCUCCACAUCAAGAUCAACAAGGUCGAGAAGCUCGACGGAGAGGCCUACGUCAAUGUUCGCAAGGGGAAGAUUAUUCCCGGCUACGAGUUGAAUUUGGUCGUCUCCUACGAAGCGGAGGCCAAAGAUGCCGAUGGCAAAUCGAUUUUGAAAACCGAGGGUUCUGUCGAAGUUCCCUACAUCUCCGACGAGAACGCCGGCGAGGAUCCGGAUAUGAGAAUCACUAUCAAAGACGAUGGGCCGAUUGGGAAAACGCUCAAGGAAGCGUUUGUUGCCAAGGGGAAACCUUUUGUGUUUGCGCAAAUUAGGGCAUACGUCGACGCAAUGGCAAAAGGGGGGCCUGCUAAGGAGGAUUUGGAAGUGAAGAAAGUCUCCGUGAAGAAACCUGGCUCUGAGUCUGCUGCUGCUGCUAGUAAUAACGCAGCGGCUGUGGCUGCGGCUGCCGCUGUGAAGGAGGUGAAGAAGAAAGUGGAGAAGAGGAAGGAGGGGUUUAAGACGAUAACGAUGAGCGAGAAGUUCAGCUGUCGAGCGAGGGAUUUGUUUGAGAUUUUAAUGGAUGAGAAUAGGUGGAGAGGGUUUACGCAGAGCAAUGCCAGGAUCAGUAAGGAGGUGGGUGGUGAGUUCAGUAUUUUUGAUGGAUCAGUGACAGGGAAGAACCUCGAGUUGCAGGAAGGGAAGCUCAUUGUUCAGCAAUGGAGAUUUGGGAGCUGGCCUGAUGGCAUUACAUCCACGGUACGUCUCGCUUUUGAUGAGCCUGAAUCUGGGACUACUGUCGUCAAGCUCACUCACACCGAUGUACCAGAGGAAGACCGGUAUGGCAAUGCCACCGUGGUUGAAAACACAGAGAGAGGAUGGAGGGAUCUCAUCUUCCACAAAAUACGGGCUGUUUUUGGAUUCGGCAUCUAGAAUAUGUUUGCUCUGAGACAAUUGUGGAACCAAACUAUGUUGUGUUUUUUAAUUUACAAACCAGGAUGUGAGAUUAAUCAAACUGAUGAUUGGUUGAUGAAAUUUGACGAAGAAGUGUUUGAUCAGAGUGUAAUUUUGAUGUUUUUCUCA